GCAGCUGGGGGGCUCUGGAAGGUUCUGGCAGGCGGUGACACAGCACAGGGCCACUCAGGGCAUCCUGCUCUGACUCAUCCGGCCAUUCCCGAGCCUGGCCCAGCCCCAGCCCCUUCUCACGCCGCGUCCCGGGGAUUGUUUUCCGGGCAGAGCGAGAGGCCGGGAGCGGCUCCAAGGGCCAUCCAUCACUCGCAAGCAGGCCGAGCCUCUCCCGAUGACAGGAGGACGGACACGUCCCUGGCACGGGGGCCCUGCAGGCUGCCAGCCCCCUCCCCACCCGCCCUCUGCGGCUGCGUGCGGCCGCCCCAGCCCGGCACAAGCUUCUGGUCCCUUCCGCGGGGCUGCCGCGAUUUCCAUUAAUAGCCAGCUGAGCAGCCCGGCUAAAAAUAACCCCGGGCCCUCUUCAUAAGGGCCGGGCCGCCCUCCCCUCGGGCAGCCCCGCACGCCAUGGCCGAGCGCCGCGUCCCCUUCACCUUCCUGCGCAGCCCCAGCUGGGACCCCUUCCGCGACUGGUACCAUGGCAGCCGCCUGUUCGACCAGUCCUUCGGGAUGCCGCACAUCCCCGAGGAUUGGUACAAGUGGCCGAGCGGCAGCGCCUGGCCCGGCUAUUUCCGCCUGCUGCCCCGGGAGAGCGCCCUGAUGCCGGCGCCGGGCUCGCCCUUCGGGCAGGCGCUGAGCCGGCAGCUGAGCAGCGGCAUCUCCGAGAUCCGCCAGACCGCCGACAGCUGGAAGGUCACCCUGGACGUCAACCACUUCGCCCCCGAGGAGCUGGUGGUGAAAACCAAGGAUAACAUCGUGGAGAUCACCGGCAAACACGAGGAGAAGCAGGAUGAGCACGGCUUCAUCUCCAGGUGCUUCACCCGAAAAUACACCCUUCCCCCGGGUGUGGAGGCCACGGCCGUGCGGUCCUCGCUGUCUCCCGAUGGAAUGCUGACGGUGGAGGCGCCCCUGCCCAAACCCGCCAUCCAGUCUGCCGAAAUCACCAUCCCCGUCACCGUGGAGAGCCAGGCCAAGGAGCCGGCCAAGAAGUAGGCGGCACCGAGGAGGAGGAGGAGACGGAGGAGGAGGAGGAGGAGAAGCCGCCGCUGCUACCCCCGCCCCCAGCUGCCCCCUCACACCCACCCCCUUUUUACUGUUGAUUUUGUACUCGCCCUGCCACUGAGUGCCUUG